AUGGAUCCCCAGAACGGCCGGGCCUUAAAAAUCCAUAUUGUCUCUUCCAUCGACUCUCCGGAGUUCGGUCAGCUAACUCAGGCGCUGACUUGCUCUAAGCUUAUUGGACUCGACGCUGAGUGGAAGCCUUUACGGACUCCGAAUCAGCCAUCCCCAUUUCCCAGAGUUUCGCUUCUCCAGAUCGCUUGCCAAUUCGACUCGGACGAGGGGAAUGAUUCGCUGGUUUUUCUGCUCGACCUGCUGUCGAUUCCUUUAUCUUCGGUUUGGGAUUUGUUGAGGGACGUGUUUGUUUCACCGGAUGUUUUGAAAUUGGGUUUUCGAUUUAAGCAAGAUUUAGUUUACUUGUCCACAACUUUCUGCUCCUAUGGCGGUGUCUCUGGGUUUGAUCGUAUUGAACCCUUUAUCGAUAUUACGAGCAUAUACACUCAUCUUCAACAUAAGCAAAAUGGAAGAAAGAUGCACAAGCAAACUAAGAGUCUCGCAGCCAUCUGCAGUGAAGUACUGGGAUUUUCUCUUUCGAAGGAACUUCAAUGUAGUGAUUGGUCAUGUCGUCCCCUCACAGAAGAGCAGAUAGCUUAUGCAGCCAUGGAUGCCCACUGCUUGCUCGAAAUAUUUAAUAUCUUCUACUCCAAGGUUCUAAAAGAAGGGGAUCUGUUGAAGAAUGUUUCUGCAGUGCCUUCUUCUGAAAUGAAUACUGGGUUGAAAAUGAUUCUGGAAAACCAAGAUAUGCAUGAGAAGAUAUUGAGGAUCAAAAUUUCUGAAGCCUCAAACAUUGUCAGAGCUACUGCAUCUGAUUUUCCACAAAGUAUAGCUACUCUAAGGGAAAAUUGUUCUACAUCGUCGAGUAUAAACUUUAGGCCUAUGGAUGAAGAUCUUCUGAAAAUUGUCAGGAAAUAUGGUGAAAAAAUUAUUUUGAAAGAUUCAGACAAAAAGCCCAGGACCUCCAAAAGAAAAGGCAAGAGAUCAUCGACUUUGAAAGUGGUCUGCAAUGAAAAACAAUUAGUAUACGUUGAAGGCCUCCCACCAUGGGAUUUGUCCUUUGGGGGUGACGGAUGCCCUAAAUUUCUAUGUGAUGUAAUGGUUGAAGGUUUGGCAAAACAUCUACGCUGUGUUGGGAUUGAUGCUGCAGUUCCAUUUUCCAAAAAGCCGGACUCCAGGGAAUUAAUUGAUCAAGCAUGCAAGGAGAAGAGAGUACUUCUGACAAGGGAUGCUAAGCUGCUGAGACAUGAGCAUUUGCUGUCCAAUCAAAUAUACAGAGUUAAAAGUCUUCUAAAGAAUGAACAGUUACUCGAGGUUAUUGAAACAUUCAAUUUGAAAAUUAGUGAGGAUCAGCUGAUGUCUAGAUGUACCAAAUGCAAUGGUAGAUUUAUUCAAAAGCCCCUUACAACAGAGGAGGCUGUGCAGGCAGCGAAGGGUUUCCAAAGAAUUCCUAACUGUUUGUUUGACAAGAAUUUAGAGUUCUGGCAGUGCAUGGACUGUCACCAACUAUACUGGGAGGGCACACAAUAUCACAAUGCAGUCCAGAAGUUUAUUGAUGUUUGCAAGUUGAAUGACUAGCUUAUAGUGUAUGAUCAUGAUGAGCAACUAAUCUAAGCAAUUUUCUAUUAAGCAAUAUCUACCCCUCAGCUUCAUCAUUCAGUAUAUGACCAAACUUUACACCUCUUGGCUAUAGAGACAUUGAGUAUUCUACCAAUUCAACUCCUCCCGGUGCAAAGAUAAGGUGCUGACAAUGAGGAUCCAAUGCCUGGUUUUCUGGUAAUUUGUGGUGGAAAAAAUUUGGAGCAUGUGUUUUUCUUUUCUAGUUGCAAUUUUUCAUGCCUUGUUCGAAUUAUUUAUGUUAUUACUUUAAUUUUUCUUGAUGUUAUUGAUUGGCUUUUCAACUUUC